AUGACAGAGCCCAGCAAUUUUGAGAUGUCUCUAUUCUACGCAAUCACCAAUGGUUUUACACCCAAUCAAGAUUAUUAUAAUUGCUCAGAUUUUACGGCGAUUCAAGGAACUCGGAGUCGCCAAACUGUUAUUGGGAGAUAUCUUAUUGUUUCUGGAACAAUAUUUGUGCUUCUAUUUAUUCCUUGUAUUAUUGUUGGAUUCAAAAGUGAGCUCAUCAAAACAUCUUGCUAUAAAAUAAUGUUUCUCUCCUCAUUUUUUGAUAUUCUGCAAAUAAUUGUGGGAUCUUUAGCCUCCGGAUUCUACGGUAUUCAAGCUGCAAACUUUUGCGAUUACCCAAGAUCAAUAUUCUUUUUCGGAGCUUUAGGAUGUGGUUCCUGGUUAGGUGGAUGUUUAUCCUGUGUAAUCUUGGCAAUCAAUAGAUGUUGUGAUCUGAACCCUAAUUUGAAACUUCGAUGGAUAUUUCUAGAGAAGCGAGUUUAUUUCAUACUCUUUCUAAUCAUUAGUUAUGCGACUUAUGGUUUUCUAUUCACUAAACCUCCAUUAUUCCGCUCCGAUUACAUGUCUUGGUUUUUUGACCCCCGAAUCAAUACCAAUCCAAUGUUAUACAUCAACAUCUUACAUACCACAAAUAACUGUUUAGUCUCAAUUUUCACCACAACUUCUUACACCUAUCUUUGCAUUUUGUUAAGAUACAAAUCCAGACAUUCCUCAUCAAAUGGUGUGAGCAAAACACAAAAACAAGUAUUUUUCCAAUCCGCAAUUAUAUGUUCCCUAAAUGCUAUCGCUGCCUACGUUUAUGUUUACAUGCAAUAUUUUAAGAGUUCUGCAACUUUUAUACUCAUUGGGCAUAUUGCCUGGCAAUUGAGUAAUGGUGAGAUUUUUUUUUCAAAAAAUACUUUAUAACUUUUAGUAUUUCAGGGUCCGUCUCAAUCGUCUAUCUCACAAUGAAUCGGACUAUUCAAAAGGGGGUCUACAAGAUGUUGAUCCCUAAAAGAUUCCAAAAAAUAUACCAGAUUCGCAGCACUUCUAUUGGCCAUAAUGUUCAAACUCACACAGGAAGUGAUAUGAUUCUCUGA